UGUCGUGACGUCACUUCUGGAUGUAAAUAUGCGGCUUGGUGCGGCGCUGGGAAACACAACCACUGGAAAGAUGUAAACCAACUAACCGGCAGAAACCAGGUUCAGCGAAGACACUAAACCUUCCCUCCAGGGAAACCGUACCUCUGGUCCAAUAAACGGAACUACAUCAACAGGUAGCUCGUCGGCUCGCUACCUCCGAAGUCAGCGGAGCGCCUGCCUCUAGCAGCCAUCUUUUGUGAGAGAAUGUACGGGGCGACGCGGCGGGCCUGCUCGGGCUCUGGUCGGGACCGGAGCUCGCUGAUGCUGACCACCGCGCUCCUUCUCUCGGUUAUCGGGCUGCUGUCCGGCUUGCCUGGCUUCACCGAGGCCAAGGAGUGCGAUAAGCCGUGUAUGAACGGCCAGUGUAACACCGCCACUGGCGAAUGUGUAUGUUUCCCCGGCUGGGUUGGGGACCAAUGCCAGCACUGCGGAGGGCGAUUCAGAUUGACGGGGCCCUCUGGUUAUCUGACUGACGGUCCAGGAAACUACAAAUACAAGACCAAGUGCACCUGGCUCAUUGAGGGACAGCCCAACACCAUUCUGCGAUUACGGUUCAACCACUUUGCUACUGAAUGCAGCUGGGACCACCUCUACGUGUACGACGGCGACUCCAUCUAUGCGCCCCUUCUGGCGGCUUUCAGCGGUCUGAUUGUUCCUGAGCGAUAUGGGAACGAGACCGUCCCGGAGGUGGUGUCUCAAUCUGGCUACGCCCUGUUGCACUUCUUCAGCGAUGCUGCCUACAACCUGACCGGCUUCAACAUUUCCUACCGAGUGAACACCUGUCCUAACAACUGCUCUGGCCACGGAGAGUGUCAUGUGGGGAACUCCACUUCUUCUGUGUACUGCGAGUGUGAAAAUUACUGGAAGGGGGAAGCCUGUGACAUCCCGUACUGCCUGGCUGACUGCGGGGAACCUGAAAGAGGCAGUUGCAAGGACAAGACCUGCAUCUGUACGGCUGGGUGGCAAGGUCCUGACUGCUCCGUCUCGGUUCCUGCCAAUUCCUCUUUUUGGAGCCGAGAGGAGUACACCGAGGCCGGGCUGGCCAGGGCUUCCCACAAGGCUGUAGUUGAGCUGGGCGUCAUGUGGGUCAUCGGAGGCUACGUCUUUAACGCCUCCGACUAUCACAUGGUCAAAGCGUAUAACGUCAGCAGCAAGACAUGGAUGAGCCUCGACCCCUCCGUCAACACUGUCACACCACGAUACGGCCACUCGCUAGCCCUGCACGAGGGUAAGAUCUACAUGUAUGGCGGAAAGAUCGAUGCUACGGGAAAUGUCUCCAGCCAGCUGUGGGUUUUCCACAUCCAGAAUCAGACCUGGGUCCUUUUAAGCCCCAGGGCCAAGGAGCAGUACGCCGUGGUGGGACACUCUGCCCACAUUGUGCCUCCUGUCCACGAGGGGGACGGUCCCGUCAUGCUAGUUCUGUUCGGGCACUGUCCUCUGUACGGUUACAUCAGCCAGGUGCAAGAGUACAACAUUGCCAAGAACACAUGGAGCAUCGUGUCCACAGAUGGUGCCCUGGUCCAGGGGGGCUAUGGCCACAGCAGUGUGUUUGACCCCAGCACCAGAGCCAUCUACAUCCACGGAGGCUACAAAGCCUUCAGCGCCAACAAGUAUGGCCUAGCAGGAGACCUUUACAAGUUUGAUGUGGGCAAGAGGAAAUGGACCAUUCUGAGAGACAGCGGCUUCUUCCGGUACCUCCACACAGCAGUGAUGGUUAGUGGGAUGAUGCUGGUGUUUGGUGGGAAUACCCACAACGACACCUCCAUGAGCCACGGCGCCAAGUGCUUCUCAUCGGACUUCUUGGCCUACAAUUUAGCGUGUGAUGAGUGGACAGUCUUACCUCGACCGGACCUGUACCACGAUGUCAACCGCUUCGGACACUCUGCAAUCUUCAGUGAUGGCGUUAUGUACGUGUUCGGUGGCUUUAACAGUCUACUGCUCCGCGAUGUCCUCACGUACACCUCGCCCAGCUGCUCGGCCUUUUCCAGCCCGACGUCCUGCAGCCAGGCCUGGCCAGGAAUUCACUGCGUGUGGAACGCCACCCAGGAAGCCUGUCUGCCUUGGGAAAGCGACGUUAUCGGCACUGAACAGCAGCAGCAGCCCUCCUGCAACACGAGAUCAUACGGUGAUGCUGAGAGAUGUGACCAGUAUACCGACUGUUACAGCUGCACUGCCAACACCAACGGCUGCCAGUGGUGUUCGAGCCAAUGCGUGUCUCUUGGAAGUAACUGCACCUCUGCAUCGCUGCUAGAGAACGUGUGUGGUGAAAGCUGGCACCUGGUGGGCAACUCUUGUCUGAAAUUCAUCACGACCAAGGACUCGUACGAUAACGCCAAGCUGACCUGCAGGAACCACAACGCCGUCCUGGCCUCUCUGACCACACAAAAGAAGGUGGACUUUGUCCUGAAGGAGCUGCAGAUAAUGAGCGUGGUGUACAAGGCCACUGUGACGCCGUGGGUAGGGCUCAGGAAAAUCAACGUGUCCUACUGGUGCUGGGAGGACAUGUCGCCGUUCACCAACACCACCCUGCAAUGGCUGCCGGGUGAGCCAAGCGACGCCGGGUUUUGCGGCUACCUGGCCGAGCCGGCAGCCACCGGACUGAAAGCUCAAACCUGCAUAAGCCCGGUGAAUGGCAGCCUGUGCGAACGACCAGCCAACCACAGUGCCAAGCAGUGCCGGACACCCUGCGCCAUGAGAACCACCUGCAGCGAAUGCACCAGCAGCAGCAGCUCAGAGUGCAUGUGGUGCAGCAACAUGAAGCAGUGCGUCGACUCCAACGCCUAUGUAGCCUCCUUCCCCUUUGGCCAGUGUAUGGAGUGGUACACCAUGAACACUUGUCCACCGGAGAACUGUUCUGGAUACAGAACGUGCGGGCAGUGUCUGGAUCAGCCGGGCUGCGGUUGGUGCACUGACCCCAGUAACACGGGCAAAGGUCAGUGCAUCGAGGGUUCCUACCGCGGGCCCUUCCAGACCUCUGUCCCGGCCCCUUCCACCCUUCCUGGUCUGCCCGCCAAUCCUCAGCCAGCCCUCAACGCCAGCAUGUGCCCGAGCGAAUCAAAGUACAACUGGUCCUUCAUUCACUGCCCAGCUUGUCAGUGUAAUGGUCACAGCCAGUGUGUCAACGAAAGCAUCUGUGAGAAGUGCGAGGACCUGACAACCGGCCGACACUGCGAGAGCUGCAUCUCCGGCUUCUACGGAGAUCCGACCAACGGGGGCAGCUGCCAGCCCUGCAAGUGCAAUGGCCACGCAAGCAUGUGCAACCCUAACAAUGGCAAGUGCUUCUGUACCACCAAGGGCAUCAAAGGAGACAGAUGCCACCUGUGUGAAGUCGAGAACCGCUACCAAGGCAACCCCCUCAAAGGAACAUGCUAUUACACGCUCCUCAUCGACUACCAGUUCACCUUCAGCCUGUCGCAGGAAGACGACCGCUACUACACGGCCAUCAACUUUGUGGCCACACCUGAGGAGCCAAACCGAGAUCUAGACAUGUUCAUAAAUGCCUCCAAGAACUUCAAUCUGAAUGUAACCUGGGCCACCAGCUUCACCGCGGGCACCCAGGCCGGAGAGGAGAUCCCCAUCGUCUCUCGGAGCAACAUUAAAGAGUUCAAAGAAAGCUUUUCCAAUGAGAACUUUGAUUUCCGAAACAGCCCCAACAUUACUUUCUUCGUCUACGUCAGUAACUUCACGUGGCCCAUCAAGAUCCAAAUUGCCUUCUCCCAGCAUAGUAACUUCAUGGAUCUGGUGCAGUUCUUCGUCACGUUCUUCAGCUGCUUCCUGUCCCUGCUCCUGGUGGCCGCCGUAGUUUGGAAGAUCAAACAGAGCUGCUGGGCGUCACGGCGGCGAGAGCAACUGCUGAGGGAGAUGCAGCAGAUGGCCAGCCGGCCUUUUGCCACCAUCAACGUCGCCUUGGAGACUGAGGAGGAGCCGCCUGACCUCAUAGGAGGAAACGUCAAGUCCGUCCCAAAACCCAUCGCCCUCGAGCCUUGCUUUGGCAACAAAGCCGCCGUGCUCUCCAUCUUUGUACGGUUACCCAGGGGCACCGGCGGAAUCCCUCCUCCAGGACAGUCUGGUUUGGCCGUGGCCAGCGCGCUGGUCGAUGUAUCUCAGCAGAUGUGUGUGGGGUACAAGGAGAAGUCUGGCGGACUGAGGAACCGUAAACAGCAGCCCACAGCACAGCCAUCCACCUGCAUCUGACUGCAUCCCCUGUCCUCUUCUACCAUCCCAACACCAAAAGCUCUCCCAUCAGCCUCCCCCACCCUCCCCUCGCCUCAGCCCCAUCCUUCAGAGACUCCCACCAGCUCCGCUCUGGCAGGGAGAGGUGCAUGCUGGGACGCAGGACUUGAACGUUUUGGUGAAGGGGGCCGAGACAUCUGGCAGACUGCAGCCUCAGAGGUCUCCCCCUUCCUGUCCUCCUACAGGAACUUUGAUGCUUGGAGUCCCCUCGAACUGAUCGACAGAAACUAGACACAGAGAGGGGGGAGGGAGGGAGGGAGGAAGGAAGGAAGGGACAGAGCAGGUGCU